AUGCCUCAUAUCAAAGAGCUCAAUGCUCAUGAGCGCCCUCCUGAGGCCAUUCGGCAACGCUACAAGUCUCUUCAAAAGGCCACGCUUUCUGAGAUCAAUACUGAUGGGACAAUAAUUGACCUAAAGGCUCUAAAUCCCAACAAUCUUCCCGACAAUAUAUCUCUGUCGCAUUGGGUAUCGAGUCAUGGCCUUCGCCCGGUUUUCAAACAAUUUGCCGGAGAACAUGAGGACUCUCUUCCUGAAGCUAUACCUGUCUAUACACACAGAUCCGUCUCUGGUUUGCAAAUGGUUCCUUCCAUAUUCCCUUCUGCCGUUCAAGUAGAGUUACUCUCUCGAUUGUUCCAUCGAGAUCUGUCAAAUCCGGAGCAUCGGACCAACCUUCACCUGCAUUACCAUGUCACCUACCCUGGUCAAGCUGAAAGUCAAACCGACACGGCCGUGUCCCCACCUGAAGAUGGCUCCACAGUACCACAGAUUGUAUCUUUCUUUGAAGACGACUCGUCCAGCGUCUUAUUUCCCAGAGAUCCGCAGGUCCAUAAGCCGAUUACAGUUCAGCAAAUGCUCACCAAGAAGCUGCGCUGGGUGACCCUUGGCGCUUUUCCUCAAACAAAAGCAGAGGCGGCCAUAUUGAAUGUUUAUUCCCCUGGCGACACUCUGAGCCCUCAUCGGGAUGUCAGUGAGGAGUGCGAUGUGGGCUUAAUCAGCAUCAGUUUUGGCUGCGAUGGCCUCUUCCUGAUCAGCCAUGAUGAUGGGACUGAUUGUGAGGUCAUCCGUCUUCGCUCGGGGGACGCAGUGUACAUGGAUGGCACCUCUCGCUUUGCAUGGCACGCAGUACCGAAAAUUGUCCCUGGCACUUGCCCGGAUUGGUUGGCUGAUUGGCCAUGCUGUACAUCCGAGACACCUGAUAAGACAGCAUUUGGCAAGUGGAGGGGCUGGAUGGCCGGCAAGCGAGUAAAUUUGAACGUCCGACAAAUGUCUGCCACUGAGUCUCAUGGUUGACGGUCAGGGGUAUCAAAUUCCAUGAUAUCCCUCUCGGGUCUAUGUCUAUAGGCUAUAUGCCAGUCAGAGACGAGCGUCAUGUGCUCCAGCGAGGGCAAGGCUGGUC